UAGUGCCCAAAAUGGCGGCUGCGGCGCUGUUCCGGGGCGCGGCGCUGGGGUGUAGCAGCCCUGCCUGGCGGCUGCGCACAGUCUCAAGGCACCGCCUGGCCCACAGCUUAGGCGGUCACGGAAGCGACACGGCUAGCGGCGCGGCCUGGACCUGCUUUCCGUUGGGCGAGCGCGCCCUGUUACGCGUGCGUGGGCCGGACUCGGCUCCCUUCCUUCUCGGGCUGCUGACCAAUGACCUGCCGCUUCCGGGUACUGAGGCCCCUGCGGCCUUCUCCCUGGCGCGUGCGGGCUACGCCCACUUCCUAAGCGUCCAGGGACGAACGCUGUAUGACGUCAUUCUCUACGGGCUCCUGGAGCAGGCUGACCAAGCGCCCACUUUCCUCUUGGAGUGUGACAGUUCGGUGGUGAGUGCGCUCCAGGAGCACCUGGUGCUGCACAAGAUUCGGCGGAAGGUUGCAGUGGAGCCAUACCCUGAGUUGCGUGUUUGGGCGGUGCUGCCCUGCACCCCCGAGGUGGAGGCCAGUGGGGCCAUGCUGCUGCCCAAGCCCCAGGGUGCCACCAUCCUCACCCGUGAUCCCCGCACUGUCCGCAUGGGCUGGCGGCUCCUCACCCAGGAUGAGGGCCCUGCCCUGCUGCCCAGGGCCCGUCUAGGGGAUGUCUGGGAUUAUCACCGACACCGGUAUCAGCAAGGUGUUCCAGAGGGGGUCCAUGACCUGCCCCCAGGAGUGGCCCUGCCCUUGGAGUCCAACCUGGCCUUCAUGAAUGGCGUCAGCUUCACCAAAGGCUGCUACAUUGGCCAGGAGCUGACAGCCCGCACCCACCACAUGGGCAUCAUCCGCAAGCGCCUCUUCCCGGUGCAGCUUGUGGGCCCUCUCCCCUCAGGCGUUAUCACCCCAGGCACCGUGGUGCUCACUGAGUCUGGACAGGCCGCCGGCAAGUACAGGGCAGGCCAGGGGGAUGUGGGGCUGGCCCUGCUGCACUUGGACAAGGUCAAGGGCCUUCUCCACGUCAGAACUGCAGGUGGGGGCCAGGUGGCCCUGACUGCCUCUGCGCCGGACUGGUGGCCCACAGCUGCUAAGUAGCCCAGAUGUCCCUGCGCUCCCACAGAGUGCCUCUGUCCCUUUGCACCCCUGCAGGUGGGCCUGGGAAGGUCUCUGAGCAUAAGUGGGGCUCCUAGGCAGCUGCAGGUGUGGCAGCUGUGCUGCUGUGCCAGGCCACUCCAACCCACCAUGCUCCUUACAGAGGACCCAGCCUCUGCUGGUGGCUCUGAUUUGGGGGCAGCAGGAGUGACCCCUGCAGCUGCCUUUGCUGAGCCAAGCCCCAUCUUCCAGCAGGCCUCAGACGAGGCUUCAAACCAUGUCUGUCUGGAGGCCAUUUGUCUGUCAGCCAAGGACAGGAGUGAGGACUUGCCUUGUGGGCCUUCCCCUGUCUCCGGACUGCUCAGUCUUCUCCAGGGCUGGCCUGGCACUGAGGCAUUGCAGCACCGGGAUGGCAAGGGGCAGAUGGCUCUGGGAAUUGCCUCCCAUGUGGGCUUAGGGCUUGUGUCAGGGCAGGAAUCAUGUGGCAGGUGCCGUGGUGGUGUCUGCAGAUGGUGGCACGUGCUGUCCACAAGCCCUACAAACAGUUCUCCAAGUGCACCUCUGCACUAAGUGGCCUGGGCAGGCCCUCCUCCUCCUAGAGCCUGCGUGCCAAGAGGAGCUUCCGCUUGGUGGAUUGCUGCUGUUUUCUGAUGUGGCCCUGCCUUCGUGGUAAGAGGAUCCUUGUUUCCUCCUUUAAACCACUGAAGUCCAUCCUCCCACUGCAGUGUGAACAUAGCUAUGGGUGACCGACAGAUGCUCCAGAGUGAAAAUUAAAGUUUGACCCAUGAGAG